CCUUCGCUGCAGAAGGGCAGGCCGCCGACUCCAUUGUUCCCAGUCGCUCUCCAAACUUGCCAGAGACCAGGCGAACUGCCACCCGCAAGUGUGGAAUCCAGCUUCUCCUGUGUGCAGAGCCUCAGCUGGGGGAGGCAGGGAACUGGUCGUCUCCAGGGGGCGGUAGCCCCCAGUCCUGUUGCUACGAGGCCGGACUGCGGUUGGGGCAGGUUGGGCCGAAGCCAGACCUGGGUCCUGGGCUGUGGACCACGGGCUGACAGGUUCACGAGGGCUUUUCAUGCGUCUCACCGGGGUCCUGCUUCCUGCCGGUCGGUUUACCUGACCAGCUGGCACCUCGGCCACGGAGCACAGCGACGCCAGGCAGACAGUCCCUACAGGGGAGGCUUCGCCUGGGACAGGCAGGAUGCAGAGACGGCCUUGCCCCCACCCAGGAGAGACACUGGGCCCUACGAUCACAAGGGAGACAGGAGCCUGCCACCAGUGGAAAUCCUUGUCCAAGACCCCAGGAGGCUCCGUUUCCCUGGCAGAGUGGGCCUGACUGUGCUCCGGGUCCAAGGGCUAGGACCACGGGCUGUCCAAAGGUCCUGUAGACCCAUAGGGACAGCAUCUGAUGCUCCCAAGCCCAGGGGCCAAAGCCACACCCACUUCAUCCACCGCCGGGGACUGCCUACUAGGACCCAGGUCCGCACCAAGAGAGGCAAGCGGUCAAGAAUGGCAGGGUUCCGGCGGACCCGCCCCCGGAUGCCAGGCUUGGCCCAUGAGAGAUCGAUGGGGAGCAGCAGAGCAGAGGGGCUCCUGUGUCCGUUAAGCCAGCAGGACCAAGAUGCAGAACCCCCGGACGACAAUGCUGUGGCUGCCAGGCCCCGGGCCGCCCUUCUGGACAGGCACCUGCUCAGGGGGGAGAAGCAGGCGCCCAGCACGGGGGGCGGCCCCUUCUUCUACAUCGGAGGCACCAACGGCGCCUCAUUAAUCAGCUCCUACUGCAAGAGCAAGGGCUGGCAGCGCAUCCAGGACCGCCGGCGGGAGGACUACACGCUCAAGUGGUGUGAGGUCAAGAGCAGGGACAGCUACUGCAGCUUCCGGGAAGGCGACCAGCUUCUGUACCAGCUCCCCAACAACAAACUCCUCACCACCAAAACCGGGCUGCUCAACGCCCUGAGGGAGUACUCGCGUGUUACCAACAAGACCCACAAGGCGGCGCUGUGUGCCCAGGCCAAAUCUGGGAAGGAUGCAACACCUGCUCCCCAGGAGUUCACACGGACCAGCCCAGAACACCUGGGGCCACAGAGGGUCCUCAAAAUGGAAGAAUUUUUCCCAGAGACCUACCGUCUGGACAUCAAGGAUGAGAGAGAGGCUUUCUUCACCCUUUUUGACGAGACCCAGAUGUGGAUCUGCAAGCCCUCCGCCGCCAACCAGGGCAAAGGCAUCUUUCUGCUCAGGAACCAGGAGGAAGUCGCCGCCCUCCAGGCCAAGACCCAAAGCGUCGAGGACGACCCCAUCUACCGCAAGAUGCCAUGCCGGGCGCCUCAGGCGCGGGUUGUGCAGAGGUACAUCCAGAACCCGCUGCUGCUGGACGGGAAGAAGUUUGACGUGCGCUCCUACCUGCUUAUUGCUUGUGCCAUGCCCUACAUGGUCUUCUUUGGCCAUGGCUAUGCUCGCCUCACCCUCAGUCUUUAUGAUCCCCAUUCCAAGGACCUCAGUGGCCACCUGACCAACCAGUUCAUGCAGAAGAAGAACCCCCUCUAUGCACUGCUGAAGGAUGACACGGUAUGGAGCAUGGACCACCUCAAUCACUACAUCAAUGACAAGUUCAGGAAGGCCAAGGGCCUCCCCCAAGACUGGGUCUUCACUACCUUCACGUACCUGCCAUGCAGUAGAAGCUAUGCAUGUGGGGGCACAGGUGAGAUUCUAGGUGUAGCACAGAAGCAGAUGCAGCAGAUCAUGGCCCACUGCUUCCUGGCCGUCAAGUCCAAGCUCGAGUGCAAGCUGGGUUACUUUGACCUCAUUGGCUGUGACUUCUUGAUUGAUGAGAACUUCAAGGUGCCGUUGAGGUGUCCCAGGGCAGUGGGGGCUAGUAGGCAGGGGCAUCUGUAUACACCCUGACCACCCAGGCAGGCCCCUUGGGGUGGACUCUGCAGUCAGACCUCCCCAAGCCCUGGGGGGUGGGGCGGUGUCCAUAGGGCUUCGCUCCUCCUGCAGCUAGGGCAGCCUCCAAGAUCAGACCCUCAGACCCUUAGAGUCUCAGCCCCUUGUGCAAAUGUGGGAUGUGAGGCCAUAGAAAAGAAGCGACCUACCCAGGGUCACCUGGCCUAACAGGGAGCAGGUCCUCAGCCUCCUGCUGGCCAAGUGGUGGCUGGGGAAGGGUGCUGAUCAGUGUCCG